AGUGUCGACAAAAAGUAAUUCAUGUUAGUGAAGUGGUGUUAUUUCAUUCUUCUCAUUGUUCUCAUUUGUGAAGAAAAUGGACGUGUAUCUUCGUGGAAGGGAGCGGAAAAGGAGGAAAUCGAUUCUUAAAAAUGCCAAAAAGUAUGCUAAAAAAGGAAAAUGUGGCACGGGAAGCUACCUGAACGAAGACAUAUAUCAGUAUUAUGUCCGUGUGUUGGAACUGCUCCACACAAAUAACUUCGAAACAGAAGAGGAGAAAGCAUUCAAGAAGACUCAGAUCUCUUUGCUUGCCAACAUCUCGCACUAUCCCAGAGACAAACAACAAAGGACUGUAAUUAUCACACACUACAAAAAACAUCAUAUGGUGGCAUCCACAUAAUGUCAUCAUCUGGUGGUGGCAGUGGGAUAGGUGCAAAUAAAAUUGAGAAUCAGUUGACUGGUUGUGAACCUGAAAGGCCAGAAGGACUUGAAGAAGCUGAGGCAUAUUCAAGCCUACUCUGAGGAGUCCACACUCUGGAGGUACCCCUGGCACCGGGUACCUGGGAGGAACAACGGCUGAGUUCAGUGGGAUGAAGCUUCCAUAAGCGGCCUUUGCUGAACCCAAGGGACAGCUGAGGUGACCAGCUGGAAGCAGCAGACAUGAGAGGAGAAUGGGGACACCCCGAGUGAUCAUCAUCUUCAACG